AUGGACGUGGUGACAAUAUUCUGUUGGUCGGUCCUCUUCGCCAUCGCAUCGAGAUACGCAACCUGGUAUGUGUCAACAUUCCGAAAAGCACUGCACAUCGAAGGAUCGACUCCUCUGCCAAGUGUCCGGAUCUACACCCCUCGUUAUUCGCCCUUAGUUUAUGUGAUCUCGCCUUACAUCGCACCGCUGUUCCGAUACCUGCCCUUCGGCUGGGGAAAAUGGAUGCGAUAUGCCGUUCGUGACGGGACAUGGCAGCACAAGGGGAGACUGCCGCGUGAGGAGCUCGGAUCGGACGUGUACUGGAUGUUGGGACCCGGCGGUCCUCAACUAUGGGUUGCCGAUGCCGAUCUGAUCAGCGAAAUCACGCACCGAUGGAAAGACUUCCCGAAGCCUGUCAUGUACUACACGCAACUCCUUCUCUUUGGCGAGAACGUGCUCACGGCCGAAGGCCCCCUGUGGCAGUUCCAUCGGAAGAUUACAGUUCGGUCUUUCAAUCCAAAAAACAACGGCCUCGUUUUCACCGAAUCCCAAGAGCAAACCAAAGCGAUGGUCCUUUCAUGGUCCAGGGAGAGCAAGGGAAAGCGAGAGUCAGCGUCAUCCGCGAUCGUCGUCGACGAUUUAGAGAAUUCGGUCACAAAAUUGGCUCUACAUAUCAUUUCCGCUGCGGGAUUUGGCCAUCAAAUGCAAUGGCAUGGUCAUGAUUCCAAUGCAGCAGAAACUUCGACGACACAAAAUGUUACCUUCGCAGAGAGUCUGAAGACAUUUGUGGAUGAGAUUUGGUUUCUCAUGAUAUUUCCAGCGUGGUUUCUGAAGUUUUCACCCUCGGCUCAUCUACGAAGUGUCCACAAAGCGCCCGACGUUUUUGCAAGACAUGUUCAACGGGCAAUUAACGAAGCAAGAUCUGAGGAUACUAUGCAGCGAGAAUACGAAAAUCAGCAGUUACCACCACCACAACAACAACAACAACAACAACAACAACAACAACAACAAAAAUCGGCCCGGAAAAAUGAUCUGCUCAGCAAUAUGAUCAAUAGCGACGGUAUCUCCCAUGGCUCUGACAAAAGCGGUCUUAGCGACCAAGAAAUCACAGGAAAUGUCUUCAUAUUCACUCUCGCUGGCCACGAGACCACUGCAACCACGAUACAAACGGCUCUGGUCCUGUUGGCAGUGCAUCCAGAGCUCCAGCAACAGAUUCACGAGGAACUGGAUGUGAUUUACGGAGGAAAGUCGGAAGGCGAAGGACUCGUUUAUGAAACAGAUUAUCCGAAGAUGAGACGUGUUAUGGCCUUGAUGCUGGAAACCCUUCGCUUAUUCCCGGCGAUAUCCGGUAUUCCCAAAUGGACCAGCGACAAACAUCAGAUUGCGCACUACAAUGGCCAAACGUUCAAUAUACCCCCGGAUACCAGUAUUGUGCUGGACGUUGUGGCAGUCCACCGCAAUCCUCGAUACUGGGGGGAAGAUGCAAAUGUAUUUCGCCCUUCACGUUGGCACAUGGACGAGACGUACGAGCCUACGACAAACUCGGCUAGCCACUCAAAGCAUCACUCGAAUAUGUUAUGUCCCCGAAAGGGAGCUUUUGUCGUCUUCAGCGAUGGUCAUCGCGAUUGUCUGGGCAAGGGGUUCUCACAGGCGGAAUUCUGUGCGGUGAUUGCGACAUUACUGAAAGAUUACUCGGUCGAGUUGGUACCGCCCAAGGGGUCUACACCAUCCGAUGUUGUAUGGAGCACGAUGUGUCAAAACGCAUGGAAGGCUCUGGACGACAGAAGAAAUAUGACGAGCUUCAAAAUGUAUGGGAAAGUUCCUGUUCGAUUUGUUCCUAGAGGAACGGAAUGGCGUCAUUGA